AAGACCUGCCGCGUUUGGCCAACGCCGGCAGUGCGACACCACACCACGCCGGACAAACGGUUGGCUGCGCGAGAAAAGCACCGCCCUGCCACGCACAUUUUCCAAUUACAGGCGGUGCCGACCCAUACCGGACCAAGUCCAAUUCCCUUUGGAGCCAGCGCCACUCGCCGCCCUAAACUGCCGUAUAAAACUACGGCAAGGGCGCGAGCCACGGCCACUUCGUCAAGUACAGCGACAGCGAGCAGGCACGAUGAAGCACUCCGGAGUUAUGGUUUUUGUGGCCCUGGUCGGGCUCGGGGUUGGCGACCCGCUGCGGGUGGACGGGGCGGUGGCCGCCACACGCCGGCAAUCGUACUCGGGGCACCACGGGCUGGGCGUCGGGCCGGGCAGCCACCACCACCAGCACCACCGCCAGCACCAGGACGAGCAGCCCGAGCACCAGGAGGACCACGACGAGCAGAAAGAACCGGCGCAGUACAGCUUCGGCUACUCUGUACAGGAUGAGGAGACGGGGGACCUUAAGAGUCAGCACGAGACGCGUCAAGGGGACGUCGUCUCAGGGAGGUACGCGCUUCGGGAACCCGAUGGCCGCAUGCGCAUCGUCACCUACACUGCGGACGCCGUCAACGGGUUCAACGCUGUCGUCCGGAAUCAAGGGGAGCCGUACACUGCAGCGGCGAGCGCCCCUGCGGCCAAGACGCAAGCGUCCGCAAGGAGGUUGUAGAUUUAGAAGAACCCUGAGGCUAUGCCAAAAAGAAAAGACGCAAUCUUGUCCGAGAUGAGAGAUCAUCACUGCACAGUCACUUCUUCGCGGCACCGUCUCAGGAGCUUCUACGUGUUUCCCUCACGUUUUACCAAAACCAAUGAGGCGAAGGCGAGAGAUAGAAGGCUGUGUCCAUGUGAUUACUAGUUUGUUUAGAAAAUGAAAUACUUAGUUCAUAAAGGACUUUUUAAAACGAAAACUAUCGAUAAAUUUAAAAUAUAUUAAUCUUUCAGAAAA